GAAAUUGUCUGCUAUAAUUGUAUGCUGUCAAAAGGCUACGACUAAGAUAACCACAGUGAUUCAUACAUUACGACACAGCCCCGUAGUGCUGAUUAGUCGAGGUGAAGGACAAACCAGAGAGGCCACACCGCACGUCCAAGCUUUGCAGACGCCAUUUGUAGGGAAUUGGAAAUCUCAGAACACAGUUAUUUUUAGUGGAAUACCAGGAGGAACAAUUUCUAUAUGACCGGCGAGUUGGCGGUAUGCUUACAACUGGGAGGAACGACCUCAGCAGGCCUGCAUAUAGCCCAGAUUCAAUUGUAGACGAACUGAUUACGCUCAUCUACAAACUGCAAAGGGAAUACGGGAUGUGAGUAGUAACUGUCUUUGAAUUGUUUGAUCGCGCGAAAACACUGCUCCGCAAUAACGACGUGUCGGCGGCUGAAUACAACACACGCUUUGACUAUAGACGAACGCACUGUUGGCAGCCGGCGAUGCCAGUGGCUGAUAUUCAAGGAAAACAACGAAUCCUGCUUUCAGCAAGACACUGCACUUCAUGGCUUGUUAUGAUUAAAACGAAAGCACAAAAUGACCCGUUAUACGACGCAUUUUAUUUUCCUGGUAUAUGCUUUAAUUCUACAACCUGGACAAUCAUCAGGCGAAUCAAAUUGUCCAGCUGGCCGCUAUGGAUCUAAUUGUGACAUAUCCUGUAGGACUCGUCACUGCGCCUUUGUGUAUGCUCGUUGUGAUGCACAGACCGGAGACUGUGGAACCGAGGGAUGUAAACCAGGCUGGAAGGGAGUCGACUGCAAACAACCUUGUAUAGAGAAUCUCGUUUAUGGACCCAACUGUAAUAAAUACUGUAAGUAUCGACACUGUGUCUCUACAUCUACAACCUGUGAUAUAGAAUCAGGACGCUGUGCUAUCGAGAGAGGUUAUAGGACAUGUCAAGCAGGUUGGGAUGGAGUCGACUGUGCACAAGCAUGCAUACAGAAUAAGAGCUAUGGAUCCGGCUGUUACAAACACUGUAACACACGACACUGUGCACAUCCGUCUUCACCCUGCGAUACACAGACAGGAGUCUGUGAUAUUGGAGGAUGUCAGCCGGGCUGGGAGGGAGGCGACUGUACAGAAGGAUGUAAGAGAGGUGUCAAGUACGGUCCUAACUGUAACAAGUCAUGCACAGAUCGACACUGUACGUCUGGAAGCAAGUUUUCAUGCAAUGUACACGAUGGCUCCUGUUUCGCAAGAUGUGAACCAGGAUGGAAGGGAGUUGACUGUAAACAAGAAUGUAGCUUCGGGACGUACGGGAUCAACUGCAUGUUCACAUGUGGUCAAUGUACAUCAGCCGAAGCGUGCGAUAUUUUGUCCGGAAGUUGUAUACGAGGUUGUCUUGAUGGAUUUCAAGGAGACCUAUGCAAAAACGUUCUUCCAAGGAAAACCAACAAUACACUUACGACUGUAUUGGCAGCAACCACGGCAAUAUUUAUUCUUCUUUUUAUCAUUUCACUUCUAGUUAACAUUACAUUUAUUCUAAGAAAGCGAUCAAAAGCGAAAAAGUCGACUACUACAGGUCAAGCUUUAGAUGCGAUUGGCAGUUCGCAUGACGAACACCUUCUGCGUUUGUCUAAACAAACCGAAUCAGCACCUCCAUGAGAAAGUGAUCAACAAAACGCACCACUAAUGGUAGACAAAUGCUUAUGAAAAACUGGAUUAGGACUCCACUGACAAGUGAUCUACAUAUAAAAAAAAUAUAAAUGUUUAAAAUAAAUAUGCUAUGAUUGGACGAUUGCCGGUAUGUGCUGGAGGUACAACGUUACUUCCAAACAAUUUAUUUGAUGACAAUUUGGCAAUAUAAAAACGAUUGAUUGUAUUUUUCUCAGUUUUCUUAAGGAAUUCUAGAAAUAUUCUGUAAUGUCGAUUUAAAUUUCAGAAGCUAACAGAGAAUACGGAGGUCUUUUCUCUGAAAUGCUCAACACAUGUUACUGGUUAAAGCAUGUAUGGCUAACAUUUUAGGUUUCUUGAAAGUAAAUCUAUGAAACUAAGUAUUUGUUCUAAAAUAGUAUCUGCUGGUUAGAAUCCAACAGCGAUAGUGUUGGUGAUCAUCAUCAACCAACGACAUUGAUAAAUAUUGUGGAUUUUAGUGCCGAAAAUAUGUAAACAAGAUAUAUUUUAGGCAUGGCUAGUCAGAAUAUUAUACUUGCAAAUGACCUAAAUUACAUCCGUCGUAACCCACAAGGCAUCUUUAGUAAAAAGAACAUUGUGACCAAGAUUGAUAAACAAUUUACCGUUUGUGUGAUUUGAUGAAUGCAAAACAGAAAAUUUUAUGCACAGCAAACUAUUCAUACCCUACCAAAAAAGAAUAUAUGGUUCGAGAUUUGGGUUGGGUUCUUUUUUAUUUUUGUGGGGGAAGAGGGAGGUAAUUAUAUAUAUAUAUAUAUAUAUAUAUAUAUAUAUAUAUAUAUAGAUAUAUAGAUAUAUUAUAUAUCAAGCAAACGUUGAUUGUUUAGGUGUUUUUCGUGUGUGUGGGUGGUGGUUGGAGAGUUUGUGUGAGUGCGUUUUUGUGGUGUUAUUUUGUGUGUGUUUCUUCGGGAUGGAGGAGGUAAUCAUGAAUUUAAAAGUGCUAAUUUUGAUAACUGUUUUAUUAGUCUGAUAUAUGCAUGCACUAGAGUGCAUUGGCCGUUUAAAAAAGUUUCUUAAUUCACUAUAAUCUAUUGACAUGUAUUCUGGUUUGUUGGGUGGAGAACGUCAUCUUUUGUGGAAGCACAAAUUUAUCCAGAUUUGUAUGUAAAAGUGUGUGUGAGUAGGGUUCGUUGGCUGAACCCCAACCCCACCCCACCCC